AUCAAGCAGCCGCUUCACCUGAAGAACAUUUUCAGUUUAAAGAGCUGUAUGAGAAUCCAUGGACGAUCCCUAAUUACCUCUGUAUGGCCCGGAUCGUUCUGUCUCCUGUCCUGGGAUACUUAAUCAUAGAGCAGUACUUCCACGUCUCUCUGGGGCUCUUUGUUCUGGCCGGAGCAACAGACGUGCUGGACGGUUACAUCGCACGGAACUGGCCCAAUCAGAAGUCGGCUCUGGGCAGCGCUCUGGAUCCAUUGGCUGAUAAGAUUCUCAUCAGUGCUCUUUACAUCAGUCUGACAUAUGCACAACUCAUCCCAGCUCCACUGACAGCACUGAUCAUUUCCAGAGAUGUAGCGCUGAUUGCUGCUGUUUUCUAUGUGCGCUAUAAAACAGUUCCACCUCCAGUAACACUCAGUAAAUUCUUCAACCCGUGUUACACCACUGCCCGGCUGAAACCAACACUCAUCAGCAAGAUCAACACGGGCGUGCAGUUGUUUCUGGUGGCGGCGUCUCUGGCUGCGCCGGUGUUUCACUACACUGACAGUGUUUUACUGCAGUCACUGUGGUACAUUACCGCUCUGACGACCGCAGCAUCCGGUUACAGCUACUAUCAUUACGGUAAAAAGACCGUUGAGGUGCUGAACAAGACAAAGUAGUUGUACAGUCAUCUGAGAUUGAGCUUUGACCAAGAUAUCUGGAUAAUCAGUCUUUGUGCAGAAUGGAAAUUGAUGCCCCAAUCUUACUUUUGUAAUUGAGACACUUUAGUCUGUAUAAAGUCAAAAAGUAUAAUUUUUUUUGAUUAUAAUAUUAAAUUCAUGUGGUGUCACUUCUGAUCAGUAUAUGGUUUUCAACUCCACAGGAAACUUUUUUAGAAAUCACUUUUAAUGAACUUGGGUCAACUUUCAGAAUAAAAAUGAACAUCAAAUACACA